CGGGGGCGGGGCGGGGCGGGCGCCGGGAGCGGCCCGCGGGGCAGGCAGAGCCGGCUGGCGGGGCGCGGCGCCCGGCCUGCCACCGCGCCCAGGGCCGCAGCAGGAUGUAUAAAGAUUAAGUGCCAAGCGCCAAAAUGAGCGUGACUUCGUGGUUCUUGGUGAGCAGCACUGGCAUUCGCCAUCGGCUCCCUCGGGAGAUGAUAUUUGUUGGCAGAGAUGACUGUGAACUGAUGCUCCAGUCCCGCAGUGUCGAUAAGCAGCACGCUGUAAUCAACUAUGACAAGGAGAAAGACGAGCACUGGGUGAAGGAUCUCGGGAGCUUAAACGGCACGUUCGUCAAUGAUGUGAGGAUUCCUGACCAGAAGUACAUCACCCUAAAACUGAAUGAUGUCAUUCGCUUCGGCUAUGAUUCGAACAUGUAUGUCCUGGAACAGAUUCAACACAAAGUCCCAGAAGAAGCAUUAAAGCAUGAGAAGUACACCAGCCAACUUCAGAUGAAUUACAAAGGCACGGCAAUGAAGAGGGCGGAGCAGCCCAUGGAACAUGGUGUCUACUCUGAGUCCCCGCAAGCAAAGCUGGAGAAAGGAGAGAGGAAAGCAAUUACAGAAACCAAUACUUAUCGCACCCCUCUUUAUGGGCAGCCCUCCUGGUGGGGGGAAGAUGAUGCAAAUAACAAGGAAGACAGAAGGCAAGAUGAACAUUACUCAGAAAGAUCAAAAGAGGUAACCCAGCAUGAAGAGGAACUGAAUGGUAAUAUUUCUGCUUAUAGAGAUGCCCAAGAACAGUCUGUGUUUGCCUUCCGGAGAGAGCCAAGUUACUUUGAGAUUCCAACUAAAGAAUUUCAGCAGCCAUCAAAAUCUUCAGAAACACAGGUCCAUGAGAUCCCAACAAAGGAUGUUGAUGCUGUAGUAGCCCCUGUUGUACAGAGUCAUGCCUCUUUCACCAUUGAAUUUGAUGAUGGUACCCCUGGUAAAAUAAAGAUAAAAGACCAUGUAACUAAAUUUUCACUCAGACAGAGAAGACCAUAUAGUAAGGAACCAGCUCAUACAGAAGUGAUGUCAGCGGAGAGCAAAGUGGCUGACUGGCUUGUCCAGAAUGACCCAAGUUUGAUGAGACGGCAGUCUCCAGGAGAUGAUGUGUACAGUACAAAGAGUGACCUCCCGGUUCAUGUGAGGACACUUAAAGGUUCCUGGUCGUUGACUGAAUCGUGUUGUGUGCCUUCACACCCGUUUCCUUCUCCAAAAAAAGGCAAUAGGCACGAGGACGGGACGCAGAGUGACUCUGAAGACCCCGUGGCGCCCAAGGCAGAGAAGGAGACGACAACAGGCAGCGAACGUGCGACAGAGCAAACCAGGCUGCAGCGCCAGAUGAGGCGUGAUCCCCAUGAGAUGCUGCACAACAAGCAGGCCUUUGUCAUCGAGUUCUUUGAGGACACACCGCGGAAGAAACGGUCACAGUCUUUCACACACAGCGCUCACUCCUCCCAGAGCGACACUGAUCCGGGGCUGAAGACCAAGGUUGAAAAGCGCAAGAACGCGUUGCCGGCGGAGAAGCUGGGAAAUGCAGCACCACCAUCUCACCUUGGGGCCCAGGCAGGCAAACCCGGUAACAGCUCCUCUGGGACCCAAAGAACUAGCUCCUUCAAGAGGGAGAAGACAGAGGAUCGGAUCAACUCUUCAUCCUCCUCUGCUUCCAGAGCAUCAGCCAAAACUUACGGGAGUGUUGGAAGGAAGUCAAAGAUAGCUCAGGAUUUUAUGGCUGAGUACUUGCGGGAGACUGCUCAGUCUGGGAAGUCAAAUGCUGAGAAACCGGCACCUCUGCCCAUGCCAGUAGCUCCACGCGUGGUUAUAUCGUCAGAACCGGAGUCUGCCUCUGCUCCACCUCCAGAGGUAAAGUCGGCCCAGGGCAGGAGGAAUGAUGAGGAAGACAGUGUAAGCGAGACAGGCACAUACACCAUUGAAACGGAGUCACAGGAUAAAGAGGUGGAGGAAGCGCGAAAAAUGAUAGAUCAGGUUUUUGGUGUUCUUGAGUCGCCGGAAUUUUCCAGAAUCUCUUCAGCCUUUAGACCGAUAAUUAAAGGUGAAAAAGAUGACUCCGGUUCUCAUCAGCAUCUAAUCAGUGAGAAUGGCACUAGCCAGAAGUCACCCUUGCUCCAGGCAUUUGCCUCAAAAGCUGUGAGUGGGUCUCAGGCUGAUGUGCAGAUGUCUGCAGCAUCUCAAGGGAGUCAGAAGUGGGUGUCUAGGUGGGCAAGCCUUGCGGACAGUUACUCUGACUCUGGAUCUGUCUCUGGGCAGGGUGAUGGAAGUGCAGAAAGUGGUGUAGCCCCAAAACCAGGGGAACCAGAAAAUGCUGUGCCCUUGAGAACAAGGCGCCUUCUUCCUCAACUCCCACCAAGCGAUAAAUCAGACAGCCCCACACCCACGGUCCUGGUUUGCCAGGAGUCAUAUUCUGAGGUUACCAAGAGAACCAUCGUGAAGGACCACUGCAUGGAAGCCUAUGGUGAUCCCAGCAGCCACCUCUUCAUCCAAGAAGAUUUGGAUCCAGAUAGCCUCAGCGAUGCCAGCAGAUCCGAUGAUGGCUUCAGCACGGAACAAGGCAAGAAAUAUAAAGAGAACAAUAAAAUGCUAGAGCAGAUGGGGGAAGACACACGAUCAGAGAGCCGGCAGCCAGGAGCCUCCCGGGUCUCAAACGUGAGAGCUGUAAGUGAGCCAGUUCCUACUUCGUUCUACAUUGGUGAUGACAGCAGCGAUGCGGGGGUUCCCUCCAAGCUCUCUCUGAGCGUGUCUCAUGCUCGAGCAGACAAAGAUGGCAAGGAUCAAGAGUUCUCCUUCAAGUCUGCUGGCACACCAGUUCCUGGAAAACCACCGGUCAAAGAUGUUAGCGCUUACAUAAAUGCAUCUGGAAAAGUGGUUAUUUCCCUUCAUCAGAGUCUUCCUCAAGAUCAAGAAAACAUGGCAGGAAAGGAAACGUCAUCUUUUGUUAGGCAGGAAAGUUUUACCAAAGAUAAAUCAAGCAGUGGCGUUCCUCAGAAUAAACUCCCACAUAUUUCAAGUCACCCUCUGCUUAAAGAUUUAGAGGCUGUUCGGUCAACUCGUAUGGACUUUGGUCAGGAGACUCAUCUUCUCCUUAAGGACACUGAAACUGCCUUGGCAGCACUGGAAGCCAAAUUACUUGGUCAAAGCCAACAGUUGGAGCCCUUGGAAACUGCUGGUCAGCUGGAGGACUCCUUGUCAGGGGACUCAGAUGUGGACACUGCCAGCACGGUCAGCUUGGUAAGCGGCAAAAACGUCCCAACAAGCGCCCCGAAACGCAAAGCGGUCGCGAGCUUGCAGAAGGAGAAAUCUUCCUCCACGCCGUCCAUCCAGGACCAGGGCGGGCAGCCCAGCGCUCGGGACAGGCUGACGGAGAAGCGGAAGACGCAAGCACCAGAGGCAGCAAACCGCGCGGAGGCUGCCAAACGCUUCCAGAUGAAGCGGAGCGCUGGGACUCGAGGGUCGCUGGACUUCACGGAUGACGAGAGAAGCUCGAGCUUGCCCUACUUGCCAGUCCCCGAUGCGGUCGUGUCUGACCACGAGCACUCAGUCACCCGGCCGGUCCCCAGAAGGAAACCUUUUACUCAGGCCACCAAGGAGGACCACAGCAAAACGACAUCGAAUGUGCAGAAAAUUCAGCAAGUUCUCACCCGCUCCAACAGUUUAUCCACCCCACGGCCCACAAGGGCCUCAAAGCUACGUCGUGCCCGGCUGGGAGAUGCUUCAGACAACGAAUGUGUUGAUACGGAGAAAACACCUGCCAACCCUGAAGCCACCGCUCCGGGCCCGAAGCAGUCUGCGGAGACAAAGAAGCUCUCCCGGCUGGACAUCCUGGCCAUGCCAAGGAAACGGGCGGGUUCGUUCACGGUGCCCAGCGACUCUGAGACGGCGCAGUCGAGGACGGGGUUUUCAGGCCGGAGUGUGGAGUCCUAUCGGAAGGCGGGUGUUGCAGAGGUCAGAGCUGCGGCGAGAAAAACAGCAGCCGCUGCCUCCGUGAAGCAGCCUUUCAGCAGGACCCGUUCAAGCAGUGUCAAGUAUUCCUCCUCAUCCACAUCAAGGCGGAGACCACAGGGUUCAGAUUACACUUCUACUUCGGAGGAGGAAUAUGGCUCAAAUCACAGCUCCCCUAAACACAAACGCUCCCAUACUUCAACAGCCACACAAACACCGAGGCUACGUGGCUCCGGGCUGAGCAAGCAGAAGCACAACGGCAGAGAAACAGAUGAUGAUGAAGAUUUUGAUGACCACCCUGACCCCUACAACUUCAUGGCGCAAACAGCAGAGAUAGCAGAAAUAGCCAGACUCAGCCAGACCCUGGUGAAGGAUGUGGCCAUCCUUGCUCGAGAGAUUCACGAUGUUGCUGGAGAUGGGGACUCACAGAGUUCGUCGGGGACGGGACAGAGCGCCUCCCUCAGCUCUGUGCCCAACACUCCUGCUUCCACCAUAUCAGCGAGAGAAGAGAUUGCUCGUAGAUCUUUUCGGCUGGCAUAUCCAUCUCAGUUGGUGCAGCACAUUCCAGAAGCAAGUCUGAACUACCAGAAAGUGCCUCCAGGAUCAGUGGAACUGAAGGAUUUUGACCAAAAUAUGAACGAUAAUAGAGAAGAGGAUCCCUCAAGAAAAACGAGGACGAGAAACCGUGAGGAGGUAAUCUUUGACAAUCUGAUGUUGAACCCAGUGUCCCAGUUAUCACAUACAAUCCGUGAAAAUACAGAAAACCUAGCUGAGAAAAUGAAGAUUCUGUUUCAAAACUCGGAAAGGACCUGGGAGGAGAUGGAGGCCAAGAUGAAUUCAGAAAAUGAAGUGCCAAUACUGAAGACAUCAAACAAGGAAAUCAGUUCUAUCCUGAAGGAGCUUAGGAGAGUUCAAAAACAACUUGAAGUCAUAAAUGCUAUCAUUGACCCUACUGGAAACUUGGAUGUAGUUGCCAGUAACAAAGCAUCUUCUGCUGCUAAACAAUCUACAGCCACUAAAGUCAGGACUGCUAACACUUCUGGGUCCCCACUGGAGACUUUGUCCCCAGCACAGAUGAGAAACUACACACAGAAAUCGAACUGUGGGUCUUCUAGCUUACGAGAUUCGAAUUUCAUUCCAGAAGGAGAGAAAUAUGUGAUCUGAUACAAUAUUUUGUAUUGCUAUCAUAUUGUAAUCUACUGUCGCAUUAGUAUUGUGUAUGAGUGGUUUGUGGACAGUUUGUGUGGAGCAGUUGUUUAGAUUGCUAACACGUUGCACAAAAAAAAAAAAAAAAAAUCUAUGCUGUGAGGGUGAAUGGAAAGUCUGUGUAUGCCUUUUAAACAAGACGAGCACUGUGGAGCAGCACAUAUUCAGCAUAGAGGCAAACUGAUUUUUAGAAAAUUACUCACUUAUUCUUCCAGUGUGCCAUAAGAAAACAGGCUUUGCAUACACUCUAUUCAAUACUGCCGAAGCUAAAGUGUUCUAGCACUGGCCUGUUUAUAAUCAUUCAGUUGUCAUGAGGCGCAAUUUAAAAAAAAAAAAAAAAAAACAAAAAAAAAAAAACAAAAAAAAAACCACAAACCCAAACCACCUCUUUUGGUACUAUAUUUGUUUUGGUUUUAUUUUUUGAUUUUUUUUUUUUUUUUAAGCGUACAAGUGAAGCAUUACAAUUCUGUUGGAGUCAGUGUGCAAAUCCAACAAAAUGAUCGUGCAAUAUUGUGGGUUUCUAGGAGAAACUCUUACUACAGUUGUGUAAGAAGUCCUUUUCAGCAGUCGUAAAAAGGCAACCACUAUGAAGUUUUGCAUCAGUUUUUUCAGUCCAAACCCCCAAAAAAGACGGAAUAAACCCUUUGUUUUUCUCUUGGGAAAGUGUAAAAGUUAAUAAUGGUAUGAAUGUAAAGACUACUAGUACAGUUACUAUUUUUGAUGAUGUUUCACGCCCAAAGUUAGGGGUAGGUACAAAAUGUCAGAUUUUACAGUUUAGCUUGCCAACUUUUCAUGAUUUCGGUACAAAUGCUGUCUGUAAGCUGCUUUUUUUUUUUUUUUUUUUUUGUAAAUAUACGGUCUUUUUACAGUGAGCUACAAAUGCCUCUGACUGGGCCAAAGACUAAGAUGUUUGUGAUUAGCUAAUUGCUAAGAAAAUCAUCUGUUUCAGUGGCUCAUGUAAUAAAUGUAAUUGCACAGUUGCUGUGAACUAGUGUUCACUUGACAGCACUGAAAAAAUAAUGGCUUAAAUGUAGCUCCACCUUUAUGGCUAGUUCUCUUAUGAAUUUUUUUUCAAUGCAAAAGUGCUUGAAGACCAUCAUUCUGUGGUAUUCUUCAGCAACUAUUCAACAGUGGCAAGCACUUAGUACAUUUGGGAUUUUUGUCUGGAUUUUAUUUUUGAUCUGUUAUAAUCCUAGAAAAACUAAGGAUUAUGUGCAGUUGCACUGAGCAAUUCCUUGUUUAAAAAAAAAAAAAAAAAAGUUGUUGUUUUGGUGUUCUGUCUUUCUGUUAAACUGCAAAACAUUAAGUAAUUUUUGUUGUUUUAAGAACAUAAGUUUGGUUUUGAGGGGACCUCUUCCAGACGUGUUUGCUCCCAGUUUUUUCUGUCUUGUAACAAUUCCUUUUUCAUUCUUCCCGUUCAGUAAACACUAAUCAGGUAAAGAAGUUCUUUUGUAGCUGUGGAGGAUACCUUUGCUGGGACAGGUGAGCAGAUGAGUUCCACUUUGCCCUCAUACAGUGUGUAGUUUAACCAGUGAAAAUGGUUUCCCGAGCUUGACUGCUUCUUGUGUGCUGACUUUAUAUUUUGGGGUGGGUAGUGGAUUCCUUAGUUAGCUUCAGUAGUUACCUGAGCCUUUCUGCUAGAAUGUUGUAACAGUGGGAACCUGUUAAAAUAAUUUAAAUAAAUAGGGAUGCUCACAAAGUGUUUAAUCUUACUAGCGGAGACCGUGACUGCUUUCCUGGUGAAGUCAGUGGGAGCUUUCUAUCAAUUUCAGCAGAAACAGGAUCAGUCUCGAAAUGGGAGUAUGUCGACAGGCCAGUGGUGCCUUUUGAGCGUGCACAGUGCUGGCUGGUAAACAGUAGGUGCAAAUACCCUUCCAAGAUUUCCAGUAGGUUAUAAGACUCAUCUGCUUGUGUAGAGAUGCUCUUUCCAGGGAGAAAUCGGCUGGGUUUUACAUAGAUGAACGCAGAAUAAAAAAAAGAAUCUGCCCUUGAUGUUCUGCCUGUAAUAUACGCACUAUCUGAAUGUUUUCUUUCAGCUGUUUAUUCUGAUCUGUUUUUUCUUGAAAUACUUGACUGUGUCCUUGAUGAAUAUCGUAAGUGGUGGUAUCAUUCCUGACACGAGACACAAUUUUUCAAGCCCAGCUUGGGUAGGGUUUGAAGCGAUCAGGUGCUACCCCAACUCAGGAGGAGUUGAAGGACCUUCACAGAUAAGGUGGUGGUGUUUCAGUUUUGCUGUGGAGACAAAUGAAUUACUCAGAUAUCUGACUUCCAUUAACAUUUGCUAACCACAUUUCCACAUCUUCAUGGCUAUGCUCUAGUGGAUUUUGUUUCUCUGCAAGAUGCCCUUGAUGGGACUUCUGUUUACUUUCAGUUGAAAAUUGUUUGAUUCUUCUUUCAUUCAUGAACGCAUUGGGGAUAGAUUUUUUUUUUUUUUUUUUUUUUUCCCCUUGCUUCCUCUGUUCUGAACUUGAGAGAGCACUGGCAGACACCAUUACAAUUAAAUCAACCCGCAAAUUAUGAUACCUCUUCAAAUGACAAACGAGGAUGCAAUCGGUGUCUGUUUAUAAUCUGGGAAUGUGUGUGUGAAGGGGUAGGAGGAUGAACAACUCGAUCUGUUUUAUUUGUGACUCAGCCAAACUAUAGAACGCCCCUGUGUCCUGAGGCAGCGUUCAUCCGUGCAUCUUCGCAUUUAAAACAGUUUCGCUAGUCAGUAAUGAAAUGCAACAUAUUUUUUUUCUUGUAUUCUCUGCUUCUGAAGUACACCUCCCUUACACUUGUCUGCUCCAGAUAAGCCAGAGCGCUGGCCGCCUCUUACUCCUUCAUUGAUUGCUCGUUCUUACAGGCAGUGCUGCCUGCCAGCAUGAAACGUGCCGCUGGGUGACCCCGCUGUGAGCCUCGCAGCUGUGGGCUGGUGUAUCUGGGAGGCCCAGGAUCGGUGUGUAAGGUACCCGUGGGCUUCCACGGGCCACGGCUGGGCCUUGCGUGGAGCUUGACCUGUGGGGCGCUCCCCUACCGCCCUGCUUCCAUUUGGUUUGUAUCUGACUGACGAAAUGUAACGAAGGGUGGGAUUUUCAGAGCCUUGGGGAAGCAAGUGCUCAGGUCCUUUUGGGUUUCCAUACGCUUGGGGUGCCUGAUGCCGUGAGCACCUUUCAAAAUCCCAGACCUCAGCUCUUCCACUGUACUUGAAAACCAUGUUCUCAGUUCGACGCUUUCAAAUGUAAAAACCUGUUACUGUGUUCUGAUAGCGUGAAUGUGAAUUCCCGCGAGGAUGUGUACGAGCUGUGUGAGCGAGGACCUCACUUCACCUGCAGUGAUGUCAUGUCGUGCUCGGGCUUCAGGAGAAAAGAACACCUGCAUCAUCUUUGAGUAUUGUAAUAAAGGUACAACUAGUGAAAUGUUUACAUACAGCCUACUGAAAAAAAAAAAAAGAGGAGAAAAAGAUAAAAAAGUGUAAAGUAUGUAAGUGCAAAAUUCUACUAGUUCUUUCCUGUUUUGCUGAUCACACUAGCUAUUUUUGGAGUUCUGUAAAUGUGUAUAACUUUUGCAAAGACCAGACACAACUACCUGUUCACUUUCGAUGUGCCCCGUGCUGAAUUGUGCCUAUUUCACUCUCUGAUGUUGUUACGCUGCUGAUUCUGCUGUUCUGAACUGCUCACUGGAUCAUUCCAUUUGCAUGCAACACAAAUGCAAGCUGAGCUGUCUGAGAGUAAAGCUGAAACACGUUUGUAUAACUUGAAUCGGUUAAUGACUUUCUCUUUUCCACACCCUCUUGAAAUGCUGUGUAUAAUUUUGAUUUGUUUCUCCUUCCCUGAUUUUUUUCUGCUUUUGUUUGGUUUUUUUUUUUUUUGAAUGGUAAUUUAUUUUUGUUUGGAUUAUAGGCAGUAUCUGUACAUUUUGUUUCAAGGUGAUAUUGUGGAUGUCUUUAAAAAAAACCAAAUUGUUAUUUUAUAUAAUUUUAUCAUAAAGUUGCUCUAAUAAAUCAUUCUUUUAUCAUGUGA